UGAAGUUUUAAGAGGCAAACCUUAUACUCAAGCUAGUGAUAUAUAUAGUUUUUCUAUGAUUAUGUGGGAAUUUACAUCUGGGGUUCCACCAUUUCAUGAUAAAGCACAUGAUUUUCAACUUAGUUUAAGUAUUUGUAAAGGCGAACGUCCUGAAAUUAUUGAAAAUACUCCACAAUGUUAUAUAAAUUUGAUUAAAAAAUGUUGG